AUGGCGGUCGACUCACUGCCCGGCAUUCGUGCCGGUGCAAUCUUUGUCCCAUACAAAUAUGUGGCGCUGGUUUUGCUCAUGGUCCAAACCACCUCAAGCAUUUUGGUGUUGCGCUAUUCGCGAACGCGCGAGGGAGGCGCCUACCUCUCCACGACCGCUGUUGUAAUGGCAGAGCUGUUCAAGCUGCUGGGAUCGGCCGUGCUGCUCAACUAUGAGCGACGCGAGUCCCCCCUUGAAACCAUCGGCUACAUGUACCGUGAGCUUUUUAUCAACUGGGUGUCGUCGCUCAAGCUCAGCGUCCCUGCCCUACUCUACACAGUCCAGAACAACCUGCUCUUUGUUGCUCUCAGCAACCUGCCCGCAGCCAGCUACCAGGUCACCUAUCAGCUCAAGAUCUUGACCACGGCCAUCUUCUCCGUCAUUAUGCUUGGCCGAUCUCUGAACAUGUAUCAGUGGCUCUCACUGGUCCUCUUGAUGGGUGGUGUGGCCUUGGUUCAGAUGCCGAGUUCAUCUGAUGAGGAGGACCCAACUGCGAUCAAGCCCAUCGGCAACCAGAUUGUGGGCUUGAUUGCCGUGCUUUCCGCCUGCUGCUCCUCGGGCUUUGCCGGCGUGUACUUUGAGAAGAUUCUCAAGGGCACCAAGCAAUCACUUUGGCUGCGCAACGUGCAGCUUGGUCUCUUCGGCAUGGUCCUGGGCUUGAUCGGCGUCUAUGCCAACGAUGGCCAGGCCGUGGCGGAGAAUGGCUUCUUCCAGAACUAUGAUGGCAUCACCUGGACAGCCAUCUCCUUGCAGGCCUUUGGUGGCCUCAUCAUUGCUGCCGUCAUCAAAUACGCGGAUAACAUCCUCAAGGGCUUUGCCAACAGCAUCUCCAUUAUUCUUACGGGCCUGAUCUCUUUUAUCAUGCUGGCUGAUUUCCAGCUCACCUUUAUGUUUGCCAUUGGCGCCUUCCUUGUAAUGGGUGCGACCUUCCUCUACGGCCACACACCUGCUCCGGCGGCAUCGGCCACCCCUGCCAAACCAAACGGCCUUCCCAAGUGAGGCCAGUGAAGGAGUUUGGAGCACUGGUGUUAAAGAGCCAUCACGGCUGUUGCUUCGUCCACCCCUGAGGCUGCCUUUCAGAGCGCCACAGAGUAGAUUGACGCUCUUGCUUGUGGCGGCCGUUUUCAGUGAGACGCGCGUCGGCAGAGUUGGGCUCUCUUGCAUGCACAAGCAGUUUUGUUUCCAAUUUUGUUCUUUGUUCUUGCCCGACCUGAUUCGAGCGCAGGAAGAGCCUAUGCUUAUGGUUUGCGUCCGUCGGAAAUUGUAUAAGAACCGU